UCUCUCCCCCCGGUGCCCUGCACGCCAGCGGGCCCGGAGCUGUGCAGGGGGCAGCUGAAGGUGUUCCCAGAAGGUGCUGGACGUUUGGUAAUCCAAAGCGGCCUUUCCCCCCAGCCGGUGGGCUGGGUUUUGGAAAGGCACGUGGCCAGAAGGAAGCCUCACGUUGGGCUCCUGGCCCUGCCCCCGGGUGUCCCAGCAGCCCUGGGCGUGGGCACAUGCGGGCCGUGUGCAGAGUCCCGGCGCCGAACACAGUGUGAGGAGCGAGCGAGCAGGUACACACACAGGUGUGCCGUCUGCCCGACUCCGUGGCUCGCCGCCCGCCAGGCCGCAGGCGCCCGCAGCCUUCCCGGGGCUGGCCCAGGAGCCCAGCGGGGCCCUGCGGGGCUGAGAAGGGGCCUUCCCCUUUGCUAGGUAGGGGGGCCCUUUCGAAGCAUUGCCUUCGAAGGUGACCGGGCGGUCUGGGGAAGGUGUGACCCCGGACACGGCGAUGGAGGAAGCUAUGGGUGAGCGGCCCCGGGGCCUUAAGCGGUCCUUCCUGGCAACCCUGCGAGACUCCCAGGCGAUGCUGCUCUCUGUCCGCCAGCGGUGGUCCUUCAGGAGGAGCCCCUCGGCCAGGGGCGCCCCCGGACCCGGGUCCUUGGAGGAAGGCUCUUCCCCAGCAGAGGAGGGAGAAUUUUCCCAGCAGGUUUUGCACGGGAUGCAGGUUCUGGCCAAACUGCCUGUGCCCGCACGCGCCUGCGACCCGGCCAUGAAGCAGAGCUUUGCCUUCGACAACGCCGGCUACGACGGCGGCCUGGACGGCGCGAGCCCUUUGCAGACGGCCACCGGCACCAUCAGCCUCUCGGGCCUGACCGGGCAGUCGAAUGCGGCGUCUGUCGAGGGCAGGAUUGCCAGUUUGAAAGGCGUCGUGGGCGUCCAGGUUUCCCUGGAACACGGCAGCGCGGCGGUGCACUACGUGCCGUCGGUCAUAAGCCUGCGGCAGGUCUGCUGCCACAUCGAGGACAUGGGCUUCGGGGCCAGCAUCGCGGAGGGGAGGGCCGACUCCUGGCCUCUCAGGUCCUCGCCGGCCCCGGAGGCCGUGGUCAAGCUCCGGGUGGAGGGCAUGACCUGCCAGUCCUGCGUCAGCUCCAUAGAGGGCAAGAUCGGGAAGCUGCAGGGGGUGGUGCGCGUCCGGGUGUCCCUCGGCAGCCAGGAGGCUGUCAUCACAUACCAGCCUUACCUCAUCGGGCCCCAGGACCUCAGGGACCACGUAAAUGACCUUGGAUUCGAAGCCGUCAUCAAGAACAAAGUGGCCCCGGUCAGCCUGGGGCGCAUUGAUAUCGGGCGGUUACAGGGCGCCAACCCAAAGACACCGCCCCCUUCUAACCAGCACGUCAGCAGCUCCCAGGCCUCGGAGCCCCCGGGGAGCCCGGUGGCCACCCUGCAGCUGAGAGUCGACGGCAUGCGCUGUGGGUCCUGCGUCCGCAACAUCGAGGAGAACAUCGGCCAGCUCCCAGGGGUUCAGCACGUUCGAGUGUCCCUGGACAGCAGAACCGCGCGGGUCCAGUACCGCCCUUCCCGCGUCACCCCAGAGGCGCUGCAGAAGGCCAUCGAGGCGCUUCCACCCGGGAACUUUAAGGUUUCCCUGGCUGACGGAGCAGAAGGAAGCGGGGCGGGGGACAGGUCUUCCGCGGGUCGCGCCCCCGCCGGGAGGAGCCAGGCGCCAGGCGCAGGCCGGACCCUGGGGCUCGCUGUGGCGGGCAUGCGCUGUGCAUCCUGCGUCCAGUCCAUCGAGGGCCGGCUCUCCCAGAGGGAAGGGGUGCAGCGCGUAUCCGUGUCCCUGGCGGAGGGGACCGCCACGAUUCUCUACGACCCCUCGGUAACCGACCCCGAGGAGCUCCGCGCCGCCGUGGAAGACCUGGGCUUCCAGGCCUCCGCCGUUUCGGGCAAUGGCUCCGGCAGCCCGGCUGGAGAGCUCAGGCCGGCGGACGCCCCGGCGCAGACGGCAGCUGGCACGCCUGUGUCCGGGCAGGAGGUGGCUCUCCCCGCCGGGACGGCCCCCCCGGCGUGCAGCCCUGGCCUCCAGGCGGAGCCCCUGCCGCAAGCCUCCGCCCCAGAGGCUCCGCAGAAGUGCUUCCUGCAGAUCACAGGCAUGACCUGCGCGUCCUGCGUGUCCACCAUAGAGAGGAGCCUGCAGAAGGAAGCUGGUAUUCUCUCCGUGCUGGUGGCCCUGAUGGCCGGAAAGGCAGAGGUCAAGUACAACCCGGAGGUCAUCCAGCCACUGGAGAUAGCUGGGCUCAUCGAGGACUUGGGCUUUGAGGCGGCCGUGCUGGAGGACUACAAAGGCUCCGACGGCGACAUCGAGCUCCUGGUCACCGGCAUGACCUGCGCUUCCUGCGUUCACAACAUCGAGUCCAGACUCAGGAGGACGAAGGGCGUCACCCACGCCUCCGUGGCCCUCACCACCAGCAAGGCCCACGUGAAGUUCGACCCUGAAAUUAUCGGUCCACGGGACAUCGUCAGAAUUAUCGAGGGACUCGGCUACGGCGCCUCGCUGGCCCAGAGGAGCCCCGGCGCCCGGCACCUGGACCACAGGACGGAAAUAAAGCAGUGGAGGAACUCUUUCCUGUGCAGCCUGCUGUUUGGCGUCCCUGUGAUGGGCCUGAUGGUCUACAUGCUGGUGACCAGCCGGGAGCCCCGCAAGUCCACGGUCCUGCACCACAACAUCAUCCCGGGACUGUCCGUCCUGAACCUCGUCUUCUUCAUCCUGUGCACCUUUGUCCAGUUCCUCGGCGGCUGGUACUUCUACGUGCAGGCCUACAGGUCGCUGAGGCACGGGGCGGCCAACAUGGACGUGCUUGUCGUGCUGGGCACCAGCGUGGCCUACGUCUACUCGCUGGUCAUCCUGGCCGUGGCCCUCGCCGAGGAGGCCGAGAGGAGCCCCGUGACGUUCUUCGACACGCCCCCCAUGCUCUUCGUGUUCAUCGCCCUGGGGCGGUGGCUGGAGCACGUGGCCAAGAGCAAAACCUCAGAAGCCCUGGCCAAACUCAUGUCUCUCCAAGCCACGGAGGCCACCGUGGUGACCCUCGGCGAGGACAACUUAAUCAUCAGGGAGGAGCAGGUGCCCGUGGAGCUGGUGCAGCGGGGCGAUGUCAUCAAGGUUGUCCCCGGGGGCAAGUUCCCCGUGGACGGGAAGGUCCUGGAAGGCAACACCAUGGCCGACGAGUCCCUCAUCACCGGCGAGGCCAUGCCCGUCACCAAGAAGCCGGGCAGCACGGUGAUCGCCGGGUCCAUGAACGCGCACGGCUCCGUGCUCGUCAGCGCCACCCACGUGGGCGGCAACACCACCCUGGCUCAGAUCGUGAGGCUGGUGGAGGAGGCCCAGAUGUCGAAGGCGCCCAUCCAGCAGCUGGCCGACCGGUUCAGUGGCUACUUCGUCCCAUUCGUCGUCAUCAUCUCCACGUUGACGUUGGUGGUAUGGAUCGUGAUCGGGUUUGUCGAUUUCGGUGUCGUUCAGAAAUACUUCCCCACUCCCACCAGGCACACCUCCCGGGCCGAGAUGGCCAUCCGGUUUGCCUUCCAGACGUCCAUCACCGUGCUGUGCAUCGCCUGCCCCUGCUCGCUGGGCUUGGCCACGCCCACGGCGGUCAUGGUGGGCACCGGUGUGGCCGCCCAGAACGGCAUCCUCAUCAAGGGCGGCCAGCCCCUGGAGAUGGCCCACAAGAUAAAGACCGUGAUGUUCGACAAGACCGGCACCAUCACCCACGGGGCCCCCAGGGUCAUGCGGGUCCUGCUGCUCGUGGACCCGGCCAUGCUGCCGCUCAGGAAGCUCCUCGCCGUGGUGGGGACUGCGGAGGCCUGCAGCGAGCACCCCUUGGGCGUGGCCGUCACCAAGUACUGCAAAGAGGAACUCAAAACAGAGGCCUUGGGAUACUGCACGGACUUCCAGGCUGUGCCAGGCUGUGGCAUUGGCUGCAAAGUCAGCAACGUGGAAGGCAUCCUGGCCCACGGCGAGCACCUGAACGAACGGGCCCCUCACCUGAAUGGGGUUGGCGGCGUCCCCACGGAAACAGACGCCGCCCCCCGGACCUUCUCCGUGCUGAUCGGGAACCGAGAGUGGAUGAGGCGCAACGGCCUAGCCGUUUCCCGCGACGUCCGUGACUCGAUGACGGACCACGAGAACAAGGGCCACACGGCCAUCCUGGUGGCCAUCGACGGGCUGCUCUGUGGGAUGAUCGCCAUCGCAGAUGCCGUCAAGCCGGAGGCCGCCCUGGCUGUGCACACCCUGAAGAGCAUGGGUGUGGACGUGGUCCUGAUCACGGGGGACAACCGCAAGACAGCCCGGGCCAUCGCCGCCCAGGUUGGCAUCAACAAAGUCUUUGCGGAGGUGCUGCCUUCUCACAAGGUGGCCAAGGUCCAGGAGCUCCAGAAGGAAGGGAAGAGAGUGGCCAUGGUGGGGGACGGGAUCAACGACUCCCCGGCCCUGGCCCAGGCAGAUGUGGGCAUCGCCAUCGGGACGGGCACGGACGUCGCCAUCGAGGCGGCUGACAUUGUGCUCAUCCGGAGUGACCUGCUGGACGUGGUGGCCGGCAUUCGCCUGUCCAAGAGGACGGUCUGGAGGAUACGGCUCAACCUGGUGCUGGCGCUGAUCUAUAACCUGGUGGGGGUGCCCAUCGCAGCAGGCGUCUUCAUGCCCCUGGGCAUCGUGCUGCAGCCGUGGAUGGGCUCGGCAGCCAUGGCGGCGUCCUCUGUGUCCGUGGUCCUGUCGUCGCUGCAGCUGAAGUGGUACAGGAAGCCGGACCUGGAGCGGUACGAGGCCCAGGCCCAGGGCCGCCUGAAGCCGCUGACCGCGUCCCAGGUCAGCGUGCACGUGGGCAUGGACGACCGGCGGCGGGACUCCCCCAGGGCCGUGCCCUGGGACCAGGUCAGCUACGUCAGCCGCGUGUCACUGUCCUCCCUGAAGUCCGACAGGCCGCCUCCGCACGGCGCCGCGGCCGAGGACGGCGGGGACAAGUGGUCUCUGCUCCUGAAUGCCCGGGACGAGGAGCAGUGCAUCUGACCGCGCCUGCGUGGCGCGCACCGGGGGCCCACGCCCUCGCUGACCCGCGGCUCCGGCCUCACGGGGCAGCUCCGAGGCUGUCUGCAGGGCGGGCAAAGCCUUGGGCGUGUUCACUCCCUGGCUGCGCUGGGUCUUUCCUGCUUGUGGCAGGUGGCGCCACCCAGGGGCGGUUCCUGGGUGGGACCCCUGCCUGGAUCCCGCGGCCCCAGGUGAGGCCUCGCCCGUUCUGUGGGCGGGUCUGCUGAGGACCUGGCUGGCUGGCCCACAGGCAGGGGGCGGAGGGGGGUGCAGCCCUCCCUCCCCGCAGACCUCUGCUUCAGCCUCGGGGACGGUUGCCUGGGAAACGAGGAAGCCCUCCCCCCGACCAGACUCAGCUGAGUGGGGGGCCUCGGAACUCCCGGGAGACCUGGGUGCCGUGCUCUUGGGUCCGACACCCACGAACAUCACGUCUCUAAGACCAGUUUACCUCACACGUG